CGCGCAUAUGUUCCUAAUCGCGCGUCGCGUUUGUGUACUCUUUGCUUUUAUUAUUUUAUAUUCAUUUAUUAUUAUUAUUUAUAUUGGUUUUUUCACACACACAAACACAUACACACUUCACACGCAAUCACGCGCGCGCGCCCACCCCACACAUACCCUUCUUCACUCCCGAACGUGUUUUCUUCUUUUUUUUCCUUCAUUCUUUCACUGAUUAUAAUUAAAUCCGUUUGUUAGUCGUACGCUUUUUUUUUUUUGUUUUUUUUCCGUCCGAUCAUAAUAUUUAUUUAUACAUUUUUUUUACAUAUACACACGCGCUCUUCAUUUCGUCGUGUACGCCCGCCGCCGUAUUAGCCAUAAUAUCAUUUAAUAGGACAUUAUAGGUAUAAUACCGUCGAUUUAUUUUAGUCUAUCGUCUAGCGUCGCGUUGUGCACGGCACGCAGAAGCAGAACGCUCAGCUCCCUCGCGCGCGUCGCGGCUGACGGACAUCGUUGCACUACAACCAAAGUCUGAGAGACGACACACGCUUUACCGCCGCCAGCUAACAACUUCUGCUUCUUCUUCUACUACUAUCACUUUUCACUAUAAUUGUCGCUAUCGGCGUCGCCGCCACUGUACGAUUUUCAUAAUAACUGGUGGAUUGCUGCAAGCUGCGACGAGAUGAUCGACACCAACCGCGCCGACCAUUUCGUGUGAACACGUCGGGAGUCCGGUCGUACGAGAGCUGACCAGAGACACUUGGGGACAGAUAACGUUUGAAAGAGCUUUUCCACGCUAAGCACGAUACUAUCAAAGUUUCCUUUGUAUCUUCUCAUCCUUCUUUCCUGCAUUACUGCCAAACUAUUAUGUCACAAAUGAAACGAGGCCGCAAGAUAACGUAUACUAGCAUUGAAGAGAGAUACCAUCACUUGGAGCUGUCUACACUACAACAACAAACAUUCAGAUAUAAUAACCACAACGUGGCGGAUAAACGUGUUGGAUCAACCAUGGUGCCAAACCGAAUAUUUGUCGGUGGUUUAGCCAAUGGCACUUCAGAACAAGAAUUACGAAAUUUCUUUUCAAUUUAUGGAGAAGUUAAAGUUGUAAAAAUUGUAAAAGAUAAAGCUGGUGCUCUCAAAGGAUUUGGUUUUAUUACUUUUGAUUCUGAAGAAGAAGUUAAAAAAAUAAUUGAUGCUGGUCCUGUUCUGAUAUUUAAAGAUAAACGUAUCAACAUAGCGCCUGCUUAUGAGAAAGAUAUCAAAAGCAAUUACGAUUCCAACAACUCUCCUCAACAACAAUCACACUUAAUGUCCUAUAGUAGUCAAGUUCAGCAAUAUUCAGUUCCUCCAUUACCAACUCCAGCUCAACCAAUGUUAGCACCAGUUAUGUAUACUUAUCAAAAUGGAAUGGCUUUUUUUAAUAUGCCAAUCAAUGGGAAUACUUCUGUUACUCCUCAACCUCCUGGUCCACAAAACUCGUCAUCAACAGAAUCCCUCCCCAAUGUAUAUGCAGCUCCUUAUGGAACACAAAGUACUACUAGCAUGCAAGGUUAUAGUGGCCAACCUAUAUUCUAUCCAAAUCCAGUACCUCAAGUUCUGGUACAACAAGCUUACCCUAACUUGCCAGUGAGCUCGGUUUGUAACAGUACUCAAGGAUCAAAGGUUCUUUUUUCGAUGCCUUGUGAUACACCUUAUUAUUCGGGAACUCAAAUGUCUAAUAUGAUACCUACUCCUGAUAUGGCCUAUCCCAUGCCAGUCAUGUCACCAUAUAUGCCUUAUAUGGUCGCAACUUCUGAUGGUGGUUAUCCAUAUUAUGAUCCAGUCAUGGAAAAUAUUCAGCUUGUUCAUCAACCAGUAUUUACUGAACAGUGCGCAAAUCCUAGGCCCCCUUCAUCAGAUGCUUCGGUAGGACAAGCGCAAGUAAUUACCACGAAUCAGUUUGUAUCACUGAUGUCUGUAGUUAGAAAUGACGAGGAAAAACCUCAGACAUAUACACCUGAACCACAGCAGUUAUGCCUAACUCCAGUCAUAAGUUUAGCAGAGCCUCCGCCACAAACAGUCUCUCAACCUAUCGUUUCUAAGCCCACCACGUCGUCUACACCGGAUCCUGAAAAAUCUGACCAAUCACCCAAUCAAUUACUUAUGACUCAAAUUCAGUAUAAUAUUAGACACCCCCCACCUUCUAUAAAUAUACGUCCAGAACAAAAGGACUGUGCUAAGCAACGUGGUGAUACUCAUCAAUAUCAGGGCAACAACAAUAAUUUAUCUAUUAAGAAUAACAACGACUACAUGAAAAAUGGACCUAAAAAGUAUCUGGAGGCUCGCACAUUUUAUAAAACUGGGCCAACUACUAUAUCUCAUCCCAGGCAUACUAAUAAUACAACUGGUCCUAUGGUCAAUUCAUCUUUUACUAGCCCGUUUUUUGUUCCUAAUUCAAAUUUCCGUCACCGAUUUCCUAAAAUGCACUAUCCUGCUGUUCCUCAGGUGAUGUUAAAUCCAAAUUAUCCUUAUCACAAUCCGGGAAACGUACGCCCCUCUAAUGGCCAUCAGAUGUUCAACAACAGAGGCGCCAGGUAUGGUGGCAACAACUACCAAAGUAACAAGAAAAACUACAGUUCUUACAAGGGAAAUAGAAUCAAUCGUUAUACACCGGACCAAGGCGAUAAUCCUGAAGUUUCAAGCAGUGAAGAUAGUCGUGCAGACCAGAUAACCAGUGUUGAUAUAGGCCCCCCUCAGGUAGAAGGCAUGUGUUCGGACAUGAGGUCAAUGGCCAUUUAAAAAUAAAAACAAAGAAUUACCGCUUUCUUAUAUGAUCAAAGUUAAAUAGCUCCAACAAGACUGGCCAGCUCCUAAUAUUUUUGAUUUUUUAUAGUAUUAUUUAACUUAAUUCCCCUCCUCAAACUCCAGAAAAUGGCAACGAUCUUGGUCGAUAAAAAAAUAUAUUUAUAUUUAUACUUGCAAAAUAUUUCGCCCUCUGUGUUCAAGAUUGUUAUUUAUUGAUAAUUUAUAAACACUUAUAGUAGGUAGAUAUGCAAAUUGUGGCGACCCUUUAUGACAAAAAAAGGCUGUUUUACUGUGAUAAAAAAUUAUUUAAAAAAAUAAAUAUCCAUUGUUAAGGCACCUUAAGUACUUAAUCCAAAAGUCUUAAUGAUUUUUGCUCAAUAGUGCUCGAAAGAAAUUUAGG